UUCUCCCUCUCCCACUCCCCCUGCUUGUGUUCCCUCUCUCGCUAUGUCUCUCUCUGUCAAAUAAAUAAAAGCUUUAAAAAAAAAAAAAAAACAACUUCACAGAUUGUGUGUCAACUACACUUCAAUUAAAAAGAAAAAAAUAAAAAAAGAGGGGCGCCUGGGUGGUUCAGUCGGUUAAGCAGCUGCCUUUGGCUCAGGUCAUGACCCCAGGGUCCUGGGAUCGAGCCCCGCAUCGGGCUCCCUGCUCAGCAGGAAGCCUGCUUCUCCCUCUCCCUCUGCCUGCCACUCCCCCUGCUUGUGCUCGCUCGCUGUCUGUCAAAUAAAUAAUAAAAUCUUAAAAAAAAAGAAAGAAAACAAAAUUCAUGAAAUUCAACCAUAUUAUAUGUACCAUUUUUCAUCUGGCUUUUUAAAAAUUUUCAUUGAACUAAAUGUCUCCGAGAUUCUUCCAUAUCACAUGUGUAUUAGCAGUUUAUUCAUUUUUAUUGCUCUGUGUUACUCCUUGUAUGAACAUACCACUGUUUGUAUAUUCGUCUACCUGUCAUUGGGCAUUUGAGUAGCUUCUAGUUUUUAGCUUUUAUGAGUAAAGCUGCUGUGGUCAUUUGUGUACAAGCCUUUCUGUGGACAUAUAUUUUAUUUCUCUUGGGCAAACAGCUAGUAGUGGAACGGCUGGUGGCUCAUAUGACAGGUAUAUUUAACUUUGUAAAAAAACUCUGAAACUUCUAAAGUGGCUGAUCCAUUUUACAUUCCCACUAACAAUGUGCAAGAGUUGUGUUUGCUCCAGAUCUUUGCCAACACUUGGUAUUGUCAGUCUUUUUAAUCUUAGCCCUUCUAAUGGUAUGGUGCUGACUCACGAUGUCUUUCAUUUGGAUUUUCCCAAUGGCUAUGAUGGUGAGCAUAUUUUCAUAUGCUUUUCGUCAUUUUUAUAUCUCAUUUUAUGAAAGACUAAGUCCCUUGCCCAUUUUUUACUGGGUUGGUUGAUCUCUUGUUUUUGAGCUAUAAGAAUUCUUUCUAUAUUCUAGAUAUAAGACCUUAUCAUGUAUGUGUUAUAUGUGUAUAUGCUUAUGUUACCAUGUAUGUGUUGUGUAUUGCUAUAUUUGUAUGUCUAUAUGUAUUAUGUCUGCAUUACCAUAUAUAUAGGGCUUGCUGUCUGUGGCUUGCUGUCUCAAGGAUCCCCAGGGCCACCGUCAGGCUUGAUGUUCCACUAGAAGGGCUCUCACAGGACUCAGAAGUUACUGUCUCAUGUGUUCGAUAGCAUUCAUUCAUCAUUGAAAACCAUCGGGGCCUGGAAUUUUCUUUAUGGGAGGAGCUGGUCCUGAGAGAGAAGGGAUCUAUGCUGUCAGUGCGUCAGAUGUCAGAAAAGACAAGAAAGCCAAGGAAAAAGCCCCACUCUUUCUUCAUGCUUUUCCUGGAAAAGAGGACAUGGCCAAGGCACAGGUGACACUGAGGACUUUGCUUUCUGUGCAGGACCCAGUGACAUUCCAGGACGUGGCUGUAGAGUUCACCCAGGAAGAGUGGGAGCACCUGGGUACUGCUCAGAGGGCACUGUACCGAGAGGUCAUGCUGGAGAACUACAGGAGCCUGGCCUCCCUGGGGUGCCAGGAUUUCAAGCCUGAUGUGAUCUCCUGGCUGGAGCAAGGUGGAUCAGCAUGGAUGGCAUGGAGGGACAUCCCUAGGGACCCCUCUCCAGACCAAGAGACAAGAUCUAGAAUUGCAAAGUCAAAUCUGAAGCAAGUAAUUUCUGAAGAAUUUUCCCAGGGUAUGAUAAUCAACAAAGGUAAAAGGAAUGGAAUCCUUUAUUUCACCAGAGAAGUCCCAGAAUAUCUUAGCUGUUUAGAGAGCCAUCCAGGGCAGAUGGUAUUUACCCAUAAGAAAAUCCUGACUCAGGAGAACAUUCAUGAAGAUAAUGGAUUUGAGUUUAAACAGCAAUCAAACUUUGUUACUCAAAGCACAAGUCCUUCAGGGAAAACAAUGUGUAAAGAUGACUGUUACAGCAGGAGCUUUUCACAUAACCUAGAUCUAAGUAAUCAUCAGAGAAUCUACACAAGUGAAAAGCCAUACAAAUGUGACCAAUGUGGGAAAUACUUUGGCUGUGGUUUGGAUCUCACUCAACACCAGAGUACUCAUACUGGAGUUAACCCAUACCUUACUAGAUAUCAGAAACUUGGUGCUAGAGAAAAGCCCUUCAAAUGCAGAAAUUGUGGCAAAUCUUUUAGCAGGGGGACACACCUUAUACAACAUGAAAGAUGUCACACCGGGGAGCGACCAUUUGAGUGUACUGUAUGUGGGAAGUCGUUCAGCUGGGACUCAUCCCUUAUUCUACAUCAGAAAACUCAUACUGGAGAAAAACGCUAUGAGUGCAGUGAAUGUGGGAAGGCCUUCAGCCAAAGCACGUGCCUCACACAACAUCAGAGGAUUCAUACAGGCGAGAAACCUUAUGAAUGUAAUCAGUGUGGGAAGGCCUUUAGCCAAAGUUCACAUCUAACUCUGCAUCAGAAAACUCAUACUGGGGAGAAACCCUAUGAAUGUAAUCAGUGUGGCAAAGCCUUUAUUCAGAGCAUUCAGCUUACUCUGCAUCUAAGAACUCAUUCUGGAGAAAAACCUUAUGAAUGUACCGAAUGCGGUAAAACCUAUAGUCAUAGCUCAUCCCUAAUGCAACACAAGAGGAUUCAUACUGGAGAAAAACCCUUUGAAUGUAAAGAAUGUGGGAAAACCUUUACCCAGAGCAUUCAGCUUACUUUACAUCUGAGAACACAUACUGGAGAGAAACCCUAUGAAUGUACCGAAUGUGGCAAAGCCUAUAGUCAUAGGUCAUCCCUUAUUCAACAUAAGAGGAUCCAUACUGGAGAAAAACCCUUUGAAUGUAAUGAAUGUGGGAAAGCUUUCCGAUGGAACACACAUCUUACUCAACACCAGAGAAUUCAUACUGGAGAGAAACCUUACAAAUGCAAAAAAUGUGACAAAUCUUUCAGCAGAAGUACACACCUUAAUCAACACCAGAGAAUUCAUACUGAAGAGAAACCCUACAAGUGUAACGAGUGUGGGAAAACCUUUGGUCAGAGUGCAUAUCUGACUCAACACCAGAGGAUGCAUACUGGAGAAAAACCCUAUCAGUGUGAGGAAUGUGGAAAGGCCUUCACUGUAAAUGCAUACCUUGCUCAACAUCAAAGGAUUCAUAAGAGAAAGAAACCUUUAUUAUGUGCCAAUCACAAAGAAAUUCUGACUGGAAAGAAGUCCAACAAAUGGAUCUAAUGUGGGAAAUAUUUCGGCAUAAACACAGGCAUUCCUCAACAUGAACAAAUUAAUAAAAGAGAGAACUCCUAUAAAUAUAACUGUGGAAAAUAUUUCACUUCUAGCAUCCCAUGAAUGCUAGAAUACUAAUAUGCUCAUCAUAAAACUAAAAAGGUGGAAAAUGUGUGAAAUGUUUUAAUGUAAUAUGACCUCUUACUAUAAGUUAAAGGAAAUAUACUGAAGGGAACCUUAUAAAUAACGUCUUUAAAACCACAAAGUUGCACAUGAAAGUUAAAUCUUUUUAUCUAUCAUGCUGGAUUUCUAGAAAGGGUGUAGGAGUAAUGUGUCUUGAAUCUGUAAAUGAUGUUCUAUAUAAGGAGGCUCACACUUCAAAUCUGAUGUCUCACUUUAUAUAUACAGAGCUUUAAAUACCGUAGAUCAAGGGACAGCAAACUGUGGUGCAUGGGACAAAUCCAGCCUGCACCUGUUGUUACAAAUAAAAUUUUAUUGGAACACA